UGCCCGCGAUGGCCGCCCAGCUGCUGGCUGCAGCGGACAAGUACGGCGUGUCGGGGCUGAAGGCGGAGUGUGAGCGGCAGGUGGCCGCUCAAUUGACUGUGGAGACCGCGGCGGCUGCAGCCGCCCUCGCAGUCCGCCACUCCUGCAGCGACCUCAGGCGGGCCGCCGUCGAAUUUAUGAAGACACGAACCCGUGAGGUGAUGGCCACUCAGGGGUGGGCGGAUGCCAUGUGGAAGCAGCCACAAGACUUGAUCGAAGUUAGCCCGCUGCUGUACGAUCCACCACCAAAAAUCAGGAGGCUCUCUGCAAAGGAGAGAUGCAGCAGGCUGAUCCAGGUGGCCGAGCAGGGGGCAGUGGGAGAGCUGAGGGUGCUGCUCGCCGAGGGGGCCGACGUGGAGGCGAGGGGCCGUGUGUGGGGGUGGACUGCCCUGCACUGUGCAGCACACAGGGGAGACGUCGAGGUGGCGUGGCUGCUGGUGGAGGCGGGGGCGGGGGUGGACGCCAGAGACAGCUGGUGGCAGAGGACGCCUCUGCACGUGGCUGCAAUGAGGGGCGGCACUGCUGUGGCGAGGCUGCUUCUGAGGGCGACUGCCGAUCCCAACGCCAGGGAUGGCAGAGGGUGGACGCCGCUGCACUGGGCGGCAGCCAAUGGCCACGCAGAAGUUGCGGCUGUGCUGCUCGAGGCAAGAGCUGACAAGGGGGCCACAGCUAGUGAUGGUCGGACAGCACUGGACCUCGCCAGUGAUGAAAACGAGAGGAGGCUGAUGGAGUUGCUGUCAUGA